GUUGCGCACCACAGCACAACCCACCUCUUCACUCGUGCUCUUUCAAGCCCCGCACAUAGCAGCAGUUCAAUGUUUAAGAGAUUUUCCAAGGAUGACGUGUCCUCGUCUAGCCAGGUGAAGUCCUCGGUGCAGCGAGGCUUCCGUGCCAAGCUUUUGGAGCAGUUCCCCAACUCUGAGCCGUACCUGGAGGACAUCCUGCCUAAGAAGGGCAACGUUACGAUCGCCAAGUGCAAGGAUCGGGUGUCUCUGAUCUGCUGCGACGGCGUACCACUGUUCUUCCAACAGCGAGAUGGCCACAUCUUUCCCACGCUCAGGAUAUUGCACAAGUAUCCGAACAUGAUGCCGACGAUGCGAGUUGACAAGGGGGCCAUCAGCUUCGUCAUGAACGGAGCCAACAUCAUGUGCCAGGGCUUCACUUCGAAGGGGGGGAGAAUAGAAACACCGUUAGAGGCGGGAGCAGCCGUGUGUAUCCUAGCGGAGGGCAAGAAAGUAGCUCUGGCGGUCGGGCAGACCACAAUGUCCACAGCAGAUAUCCAAUCGGUGAACAAGGGCAUCGGUGUGGACAACUUGCACUACCUGGGGGACGGGUUGUUUGGUACCAAGGAGUUGGAUUGACUCCAGUCUCUUCUUCUGUGCUUCAGAUUUGUUUUAUCAUGUCGCACCUGUGAGGAAAAGCCCCCUCUCGACUACCGUAGCAUGUGAUGUCUUCGCGAUCAGCUCAAUGCACCGACAAGUCGUGAUGUUCUGCUACCUUCGCCGAAUGGUUGUGUGUUGGUGUUGCGAGCAUGGUCUGGUCCGCUGCGGCAGGGGGAGUGAUAGGUAGGCGGUGCGGUAGGCUCGGAAACCGAUUUGGAGGCACCCUCCACACGAUCAGCUAGGGGCAUGUUACAUACAGCCUUACCACGGGUUUGGCAGAGAGCCCUACCACGAGUUUUGGCAGAGCCAUGCCUCCCGCAUAUUGCGACUGUCUACUCUGCAAGUCGUGACACGAGCUCGUUUGAGCCUAUUGUUGAGAUUCCGCCGCAGGUUUGUUGACCAUUCAACGAAUUGCUUGCCACAAAAACCCGCGUUGCUCACUCCGGAGUAUUCUAGCCAGUACAUUUGGCUUUGGUAAUGGUUAUGGUCAGGACGGAGACAUGUUCUUCGUUUGCCACAGAUCGCCAGUGUUUCUCUGACGACGUUGGACAUCCGGCUGUGAGAAGAACAGCCGCACGUGUUGCUCGAUGUCUAGCAACAGUGUCAUCAACCAACGGCUGUUUCCUUCCACAGGCGGAUACACACGGACACGUAAUAGAGUCUGGCUCGACACGCGAACAUUUUUCUUGAUGCGGCGCUCCAACCGAGGUUCCCGCCGAUUUUGUGGUCGAUUGUCACGACGCAUAAUUUCCGUUGGGUGUUCUGGUGAACAUAGAAUUGUGAAACCAAGUGAGUACGUCAGGAGCUAUAGCAGUGUAUUGAAGCAGGAGAUGCGUGCUCGAUGACGGGCUAUGGACGGCAUGUCAGAAUGUGGUGCCUCUAUCGGAAAACAAAGUUGUUGGUAUCUUUUGUGCAGAGAAACACAUGAAUUCACGCUCUGUGUGCGUCGAAGGUGAAGAAGACAGUGAUAUUGAUGCCUUUGCACGCAUGAAAGUUGAUAUGUUCUUUUUUAGAGUAGGAGUGUAGAAGAGAACGGGUGCAGGAUUAGGGAUUUGAAUCGUACGCAUUUCGUACGAGAAACGAAACCUACCAACGUGUAAUUCCUUCCGCUAGCUC